ACCAAAGGUACCAGAAGAAACGAUUCAGAUUAACGACGAACACAAGACGCCAUAAUGGACGAAGGUCAAAGGUUACUUACGGAAGGAUGCCCUGAUGUAUUUGAUUCUCGUCGGGAUUGUGGUGGGAUUCGGCGUAGGAUUCGGGGUCAGACAGCUGAAUCCUUCCAAGGAUGCGAUCAUGUGGAUUGGUAUUGCCGGGGAACUGUUUAUGCGAAUGCUUCGCUUGAUGAUUCUUCCGUUGAUAAUUUGUUGUCUGAUAUCAGGAACGGCAUCACUGGACCCGAAAUCUAACGGUAAAAUCAGCCUCACAGCUUUCGUAUACAUCGUGUCCACCAACGCACUGGGCAUUGCAGUAGGGGUGGUUCUUGGUCUCUUAAUUCGACCAGGUACUUCUUCAAGCAACUUAACGGAAUUCGACAACCAUUUUCUGGCAUGCAUUCCAGCUCGUCCCCACAACCAUGACAAUUGA